UUUUGCAAACAAUGAUCAAAGCAGAAGCAGGAAGGUGAUCUUUCUCACGUCCUUGUGCCCGAAGAAGCUGGCUGCCUUGCUUUAAAAAAGACCCAAACAUAAAUAACCGCUUGCUUUUUACCCCAUUUUCACCCUCCUGACACAGAACUUGGCACCAGACGGUAAACUUUUCUUUUUUGUGUGUCUGUUCCUAACCGGUUGAUCAUUAAAGGUAGAGAAAGUGAAAGCAGGUAGAUAAUAACACAGCGGAAGGAGGGCUGGGAGUGUAUUUUGUACCGAGCGCAGUUGGAUGUUAUUUAACGGGAUGAAAUGUCAGAAAUGAUGGACAAAUCUACUGAAAACCCAGACGAGGACAGAGUGUCCCUCAGGAGCAACGGGAAGACGCCGACCAACGGUGUCACAAAGGAGCCGCUGAGCAGGCUUCAGACGAUACGAAAGAGCAUCCGGCAAGUGACUCAGAAGAGCCCACUAUCGUCCGGAGGCAAGGGGUCAAAGGUCACACCUAAAGCAGAAACGGACGGCAACGAGUCGGAGUCACAACCGCCUCCGUCACCCAGCCUGGGUGCUGGCUCUCCUGUGACCUCUCCUCUGAAGAAUAUUGGAGGCUUUUUCCAGAAAAAAGAGGACGACAAGGUCGACGUCGGUCCAAAGAAAAAGAAAGGUCUGACACGUUCAAAGACAGAUCUCAAUAUGGGCAGGGUUGGUGACUCUCUCAUGAAAAGAGGAGCGUUCAUUCGUCGAAGCCUGAAUUUAGGCACUAAGAAGGACAAGGAUAAAACCUGCACACUGGAGCCGCUCUUCCCCGUCUCCGAAGACUCAGCGGAGAAGGAGAAGGAGAAGGAGGAAAAAGAGGAGGAGGAUGUGGUGUGGGAGGAACUCGAGGAGUUUUACACACUGCCAGAAAUACCCCACAUACCGCUGUCAGUGAUGCAGAUCAGUAAGCUGAUAGAGACGGAGGUGCUGGAGGAGGCUCACCUGAACCUUAUCGCGCUGCGGCAGGAGUUCCAGCAGGAACGGGAACAGUGCGACGAGGACUCGCCCAUGGAGCUGGCCAAGAAGGAAAAAGACCUCAACCUUCUCUAUGGAGACCUGAGGAACAAGGUGAAGACCAUAGUGCGCGACUCCAACUCUCUUCCCUCCAGAAACAAAGGGCUGCUGGUACCCGUGUCCCGCAUCAUCCAAGAGGAGGAGAGGAGAGCUGAGGAACCCGGCGGGUUUCCGGGCAGCUGGAUGGAGGCCUGGAGGGAGGCGGUGGGCGAGGGGGUGCAGGUGAAGGUGGAGAGCAUUCACCUGGAACAGAAGGAGCAGAACGUCUCCUGGUUGGCAGUUCAUCUGGGUCUGCUGGGUAAAGCCAUCGUGGAGGACUUGGAGAGCGUGAAGAGGGAGCUGCGAGGGUCGUACCCACCCAGCUUUAAAGUCUUCAGCACCUACGUGAAGAGUUACCACAGAGUCGUCGGGCAGCACCUGAAGAAGCUGGAGAAGCAGGUGACGGAGCUGAAGGAUCUGUACGCUCUGCUGGACUGGAUCAUCAACCGCUACAAGAGCGAGAGGAUCAUGGGAAGUUUCUCCCUGCAGCCGGACAUGAGGGAUGAGAGCACUGAUCUGCAGCUGGAGGCCGACUUCCUGGUGCAGCUGAAGGAGAAGUACUGCUGCAGAGUGAAGGAGGAAAUGAGAUCUUCACUGGACAAACUUGUUGAUCUUGAAAAUGAGGAAUUUUGGAAGGACGGCAACAAUCCAGAGAAGGAGGAGGACUUCCUCGAGUCUCAGAUUCACAUGGACAUCUGGACGAGGGUGAAGGGAAAUGUUUUGCACUCUCGACAAAUUGAUGCUCAACUGGAACAGAAAGUGAUAUCUUCCUGCCUCGAAGAGCUCAAACAAUUCCCCAAGAGAUUUGAGACCGAGUUCAGAUGUCACUGCAGUGCUCUCAGACCACAGCCUCUCUGGACUGAGUAUCUCAUAACCUACAUCAACAGCUUCACUGCUUUACAGCAGCACAUGGAGGAAUACCAGGACGCCUGUCCGGAUGAGGUGGAAGGGUUCAGCAAAGAGGUGAAGUGGCUGAUUGUCAGGCUCACAGAGGAAAUGGAGGACCAGUUCAAAGAGGAUGUCAAGCCGUAUCUGAGGAUCAUGAUGACGAGGAAGUGGCUCCGCAGUGACAAAGAAUUUAAGCAGCUUCAGAGUCGGACAGAGCUGCUUUCUCAGCACUGCGCUCUCAUGAGGCCUCCACACGUCCAGGAGUUCGCGAGCCGAUUGCAUUACCACGUGGUGAGGGAAUACAUCGGCCAGCUGAUGAAGAAUAACUACUCAUGCAAGAACCGCAAACACGAGAAGGCAGCAGGAAAGAUCCGUCAACAGUUGGGUGAACUCAGAGAUAUGUUUGAGGACAUGAAGUCGACUCAUGAGUGGCUCUACCCUGUAGGAGACGACCUGAGCGACAUCAUCACACAGAAAAACAAGGCAGACAUAAAGAACCAUCUGCAGCCUUUAGUGGAGCAUUACCCAGACUUCAGCAAGAAGCACCUGGAUGCUGUUCUGUAUUUCAGAGGCCCGCUGAGCGGCCGCGAACACCAGCUGAUCCUGCAGCGACUCAUGGAGCUGAAGAAGAAACUGGGCAGCACCUACGGCGACAAGAACCGAGUUUUAUUUGAUGACAUGCAGGUCACCGUCAACCGAGACUGUCUGUCUAAUAUGACUUUCGCCAUCUUCAGCUGCUUAUGGCCCGAAAACUAGUGCAACAUUGUGGACGAGUUGCUGAGUGGAGGACAAAUAAAAGCUCAAGAGGUGUGACAGAAAAGGUUAACAGCUGCAGAUUUUCUAAGGUGGUUUGACACAAGUUCAGGUCCUUGCUCUCAAACACAGCCAUCUAAACUCAAACCAACUUGCACGGAAUCAGGUAUAUCUUCUUCUACAAAUCGUGUUACCUUCAAAAUGUUAUUUAUAACGGAUUCUUUCCUGUCUAAACCUGGCACACGUGUCAUUGAGUUUAAAGGAUAUUUCUGCUGAUGUUCUACAUUUGAAAACCUCAAAACCAACAAUGAGCCUCACGUAUGAACCACUCGUACAAACAGAUUUGUUCUUAAGCAGCACAUACGAGCGAUUUAACAUCAUUUGUGGCAUUCACCAAUUUUCUCUCGGGUAUGAACAAAAUUCACGAGUGUCGAGACCUGUGAAAAGAGUCAAAAAAACACUAACCUGACCUGAAAUCAUAACACCUUAAUCUGAAUGAAUUUGGAGUUUAAAUAUGAUACCGAAAUGAACUGAAAUAAAAUAUAUAACUAAGACAAACCUAAUGCAAAAUUUAUAUUUUAUUUACCAUAUCAUCAUCAGCUUGGCGUGUCACUUUAAUUAGUCUUUUUUUUUUUGGCACAGCACCUCAUCAUCAUCUGCUGUAGACUAUAAUAUUCUCUCGGCUAAUAUCUACGUGACCGCCUGUCGUAUUAGUCGUGGACCGCUUUGCUUUUCCUUUUCCUUCAUCACCGUGAACACACACACUGUAGUUCAUUCUGACUCAGUCCCACACACACCGUCCUGCUGCCCCAAACACUCACUAGAGCUACAAAUGUGGAUUAAUCCGCCGCUGAAAAUAGUCCCCAACAAAUGUACUAUUUCCGCCUGUUUGAGUAACGUUUGCUAACAAUUACAGCUGUUUAAACAUGAAAUUAUAGAUUUGUUUAGAUUUACCAAGAAACCACUGAGCUUGGAGCUGAGAGCCACAGACAAGUUGGGAAGUCGGAAAGUAUUGAGAGACAGACUAACACAUUGUUGGUUUUUUAGGUCUUUUCAUGGGAUUUAGUGACUAAAAGCUUUUUCCUUUAAAUAAAGUUUAAAAUAACUUUUCAAUGAAUCUAAUGACAUAUAUUCUCUGUUUUACACAAAUUACAAUGAAUUGUGUGACUGUGUGAACUUACAUCUGUUCUUCUAAAAGAAGAAAUUAGUUCAGCAUGUUCAUUAAUGUCUCUGGCAAACGUAGAAAUGCCACAUAUGUUAUCACUUAACUUAUUAAAUGUGACACAUGCAGAGUGUUGCCAGCAUUGUGAGGAAUUGCGGAUUCAUUUUCUAAUCUGGAUAAAAUUCAAUGUUUGUGGGGGAAGAUUGUGAAACUUUGUGGAUGACUGUGAAGCUCUCAGCAGAUAUAACAAAUAAAAGGCAGGUUUUAGUGCCAAAGUGUCAGCUCAACUAAUACAAACUGUAAGAAACUGAAGCUCUUUGUGUGUUUCAGCCAUGAAUGUGAUGACGUGCUAUUGAGCAAGAACUGAACCUAGCAGAUGAGCCCUCCAAACUGCCUUCAGACUUAAAUAUAAGAGGGUUAUUUUGUGAAAUAUGUGUGUUUCUAUUGUCUUUCUGUCAAAUCUCUGAUUUCAGCUGACCCUGUGGCGUCACAGACGCAGGAAACUCUACAAAAACUAGCUUGAUGUGAUUUUCUUUGCACAUUUGAUGUACUCAUUUAAUAAUUCUCAUUUUCCUGUGUUUGUAAAGUGUUUGUGUAUGAUUGUUAUCAACUGGCAGAAGUGAGAGUUUUAGUAUCUCAGGAUGGUUUAAAUCAGGGUUUUCCAACAUUUUCUGUCUGACACCUGUUUUUGGUGCCAAAGUUUUCAUGAAAACUGACAAUUAUGUGAAUUGUUCUUAUGAAUUUGAAUAUGAAAUGCUUUCAAAUGUGUGAAGAGAGCUCAAAGGGGUUAUAUAGAAAUAUAUAGAAAUGUUAAACUUAUUUAAUCUUUUUUUUAAUAAAACAUUAACAGUC